GAUUACACAUUCUCUUAUAGGCCUGGCCGCUCUCAGUCUUCUCUCUGUUUUAUUCAGUUUUAUUUCUAAUGAGCGAUAAAGUGCGAGUGGUGUUUUGAAUAACAUUCCGGAACGCAGCCUCAGAGACGUCAAAGAUAUACAGAUGCAAAAACUUCGAGCAUGUACGUGCUAUAUGUGUAUACAGUUUGAGUUGCAAAACAAGUAUUUCUCUACAAUCUUACACAAUGGAAAGUGACAUGGAUGCAAUAGAUAAUUUGCAUACUAUGGAUAAAGUUGUCUUAGUAGAACAAAAUAAUAUACCACAAGGUAUACCAUUAAUUGACCCAACUGCUGUAGCUAAAUCCACACGAUAUGAUUUAAUGGCAUUGGCAGCAGAAAUUGAAAUGGCAGAUAACUGUAUAAAAACCAAUGCUUGUGGUAAGUUACAAGUAAUAGCAGAACAAAUUAAAUGUUUGCAAAAACAAGCUGAGAGUAUCUUGCUGGAAGCAGAACGAAAUAAGAAAUUACAUCAUGUAGCAUGUAAUUUUGUAAAAAAACCUGGUCAUAUAUAUCACUUAUACAAACGAAAAUCAGGCCAAUUUUAUUUUUCUAUGCUUAGUCCAGAGGAAUGGGGUGAUUCUGGAAUGUUGCAAAGCUACAAAGGCUCUUUCAGAUUAGAAAAUGAUCGCUCCUGGACUCCGUUGUCUCAAAUAAAGGAAAAAGACAAUGAUUUGAAUCUAUUGAAAAAAUUAAUAAACUAAUUCUUUUAUUAUGACAUUUGUAUUUAUACUCUUGAUUUAAUAUUUCCAAACAUUUGUAAUCUGUCAUGUAAAAUAUUGCACAUAUGUACAUACAUACAAGUUUAUUAUGACGUUGCAGCAUCGGCAUAUUAUUACAAGAUAUUUAGACGAUGUAAAUUAGGAUUAAAAAUAUGUAAUGUAACAUAGAAGAAAUUCAAUAUUUUAACUA